GCUGUGAGAAUGGAACAUGGGGCAAUGCCACACAGCAGCAAUGUCAAGGUAAACCGAUCUAGCAGACUAAAUUGUUUAGUUAGACAUCGCAAAGGACUUACACUGCAACAAUCCAUAUGUGUUUUGCUUUGUAGAGAAUCUUGUUCGGCCGUUAAGUUAAGUUGUAAUGAGCUGCCAUUGUAGAGAAGUCUUGAGAGAAAUGUGGGAACCCAUGCCCCGUUGUGACGAAACCCGACACAAAAGUGAGUCCUCUCUAACGACAAAACAUAGCACAAACAAACCCGAGAAGACACGUACAUAAAAAAAAAAAAAUAUAAUAUUCUAAACGUUUAAUAAAACAAUACUCCCAAAAAAAAACUCCACGAUUAAAAAUAAACUAGGCGUUACUAAACAAUAUUAAACGGGAUAAUUAUUCUAAUUUCUAAAGACUACUGCGACAAUACUUGUAAUAAUUAUGCUAAUUUCUAAAGACUAAAUCAAGUUUACCUCUUACACAAAAUUUAACAGCGAUUUUUUUUUUUCUACUUAGCCUAUACAUAUUUACAAAUUAACUUCUUCCAACGUAUUAAUAGUUCCUUUAAAGUUCGCCUUGGGUAUAAACAGAGUUCCUUGUUUGCUCCUUUAGCCACACUCCAGUUGCCUUUCUCUCGUAUCUUCUCCAAACUUUCUCGUUCUUUGUUCGUUCCUUUAGCCCGUCGAUAAUUCCAAAAAAAAACCUCCACACUCCAGUUGCCUUUCUCUUGUAUCUUUCCAAACUUUCUCUGGCUUCGGUUUUCCGGUCAGCCACUCCCUAACAAUUAAAACAAUGCUGCCAAUACUCACAAAUACUUCUUCUGCUUCUUCUGCUUUUACUUCUUCAACUCUUAUGGCACGUCAGAUGGCUUUUCCCCGACAAAUGGCUUCUUUAGUCGUGAAAUUAGAGGAAAGCCUCCACUAAAAGGGUUUCAGCGGAAUCGCUUGUGCUUCUAAGGUCUUCUUCUCGUUCUCUCUCCGGCGCGCUCUCUGCACUCACUGCUCUUCCCUCGACGCGGCUCCUUCUUAACAUCAAAACUCACAAAUCCAUUCAAAUGUAAAUGUACAGUGUGGCAAAAGGGACUAUAGUAAAAAUUCCGACAGUAAUUAACAGCUUUUAACAAUAGAACGGCUAACAAUGAAGAUUUUAACAAAAAAAAUUACGUAAUAGUUUACACAGCAGAAAAAUACUUAAAAAGUAAUUAGCAUAUAAAACAACUAUUAUAAAUUAGGAAUUCUGUGACACCUCCCCCCAACAAUGGCUAUUUUUUAGGGGAAGUGAAGACAAAAAAUAGCCUAAGCAAGCGUUGAAAGUACAACAGUAAGCUUACUUAAACCCUGCUAAGGGCAUCUACGUUACAGUUCUGUUUGCCACUUUUGUGUUCGACGACCAUGUCAUAUUCUUGUAGAGUAAUGCUCCACCGCAGCAGCUUCCUACUCUUAUCGCGGACCUGAUUCAACCACACUAAAGGGUUGUGGUCCGUCUGCAGCUUAAAAAGUACGGCCAUACAAAUAGUACCGAAACAGCUCAACAGCCCAUACAAUACCUAAGCACUCUUUCUCUGUAGUGGAUAACUUUUCCUCUCUAGGCUGAAGCUUUCUACUUGCAUAUGCUAUAGGAUGUUCCUCCCCUUCCUGAUCUUUCUGACUUAAGAUUGCCCCAAGACCUCUAUUCGAGGCAUCUACUUGCAAAACGAAUUCGUCUUCCCAAUGUGGCGGUCUCAAAACGGGUGGGUUCUGCAUAGCAGCUUUUAGAUCCUGAAAUGCCAAUUGAUGGAUUAUAUUCCACUGUACCUUAGAGGGAUUCUUACCUUUAGUUAGGUCAGUCAAAACAGCAGCUCGUUCUGAAAAGCUAGGAAUAAACUUUCUGUAAUACCCAACUAACCCAAGAAAAGAUCUUACCUGCUUCUUAGUCUCGGGUCUUGGAUAAUCUACAAUGGCCUGAACAAGGGCUGUGCGAGGUUCAAUUCUAUCGCCACCAACGCGGUGACCGACGAAAUCUACCGUUGACAUUGCAAUCUUGCAUUUUGAGGGUCUUGCGUUCAGUUUAGCUUCUCGCAGACGUUGUAAAACCUGUCUAAGCUCAGAAAGAUGCUGUGGGAAAGAAGUGGGCGUGUCAACCUCAACAUCAUCGAUGUAAGCGUCUGCAAAAUCUAACCCUUUGAGGACUGUUUGCGACAUCAUCCUUUGAAAGGUAGCCGGGGCUGUUUUCAUACCGAAUGGCAUCACUAAAAACUCAUAUAGUCCUCUCGAGGUAAUAAAUGCGGAUUUUUCGAUAGUAGAGGUCUCCAGGGAAUUUGCCAGUACCCUUUCGUGAGAUCAAUUGUACUGAUGUACUUUGCAGAAGCAAUUUUUCAAUCAUUCUUUCCAUGGAUGGAAUUGGAUAGGCAUCCAUCUUAGUCACAUGGUUCAAUUUCCUGUAAUCCACACAUAGCCGAAUAGUACCAUCUGGCUUGGGAACAAUGACAACAGGGGCCGCCCAAGGACUUGUGGAAGGACGAAUUAUACCCAUUUCUAGCAUUUUCUCAAUCUCUUUGUUGACCUCCUGUUCGAGUCUUUGAGGUAUUCUAUAGGGUACACUUCGGAUGGGUGACGACCCGCCAGUAUCAAUUUUUUGUGUGUAGCUACAUUCGUUAAAUUUGGUCUUCCUGAAAACACAUCAGAAUACUCGUGUAAUAAAUUCCUCACCUGGCUCCUUUGACCUUCGGUUAAGUCAUCCGAGAUUGUAACAUCUUCCCAGGUUUCCUCGUGACCAAAGGGGGACAUUAUUCUCGUGGGGUAAUGGCAUCUCUGGGGACUCUUCCAUCACUAGAGCGGCCAUUUCGUCUCUGCUCUGCCAUUUACUUAACAAGUUAAUAUGAUAAGUGCGAUGCUGCUUGCAAGUCUUACCGGUGUCAAGUUCAUAAUUCAACCCAUCUUCUAGUGCUCUCGUGACUGUAAAGGGUCCUUGCCACUUCAUCUCUAAUUUACUCCCAGGGAGGGCAACAAAACUAAGGCUUUAUCACCGGCCUCUAAGCGUCGCUCUGAGCUAUGGGUGUCAUACCACCGUUUCUGCUUACCUUGAGCUUGCUUCAGAUUCUCUUGAACAACUUGUUGCAUUGUUGCAAGUCGUCUACGGAUCUCCAGGACAUGUGUUAUCAGGUUUUCUUCUGAAGACUGCCCUUCCGACCAAGUUUCCUUAAUAACCGCGAGGGGUCCUCUCACAGUACGCCCAUAAAGUAACUCAAAUGGGGAAUAACCAGUGGACUCACAAGGAACUUCUCUGUAAGCAAAAAGCAAAUAUGGGAGGUACUUGUCCCAGAUCUGCACGCGCUCUCGAACAAACUUCUUUAACAUACCCUUUAAAGUUCCAUUGAAUCUUUCCACUAGCCCAUUUGCCUCAGGGUGGUAUACUGAUGUUUUAAUCUUAGUAACCCCUAACUGGUCGUACAGCUGGGCCAAGAGCUUACUCAUGAAAUUGGAUCCCUGGUCAGACACUAUUUCAUCGGGAAUACCUACCCUAGAGAAAUACUGAAUCAAUGCUUCCGCAACCGUCUUUGCGUUUGUUGUUCGCAAAGGUAUGGCCUCUGGAUACCGUGUAGCAUAAUCUACUAUAGUUAAAAUGUAUUUAUAGCCAGUUGUUGUCCUAGGUAACUCCCCAACGAUGUCUAUAGCGAUUUUCUUAAAAGGCUCGGUAACGAUUUCCACCGGUUUUAAAGGUGCUCUUUUUGACUUUAAUUUCCUGGCUACCAACUGACAUUGAGGACAGGUUGCACAAUAUUUGCGUACAUCAAAACUUAGACCAGGCCAAGAAAAAUGCGCAGCUAUCCGGUCCAAUGUUUUUUUGCUACCCAUAUGACCUGAUAAGGGGAUUGUGUGUCCAACCCGCAAAAUUUCGUUUCGAUAGGAUUCUGGCACUACAAUACGAUCAACAUACCUAGUUCCAUUAUGCUCAUCUGAGAGAUAUUUGCGAUGAAACAAGAGGUCAUUUGUGAAAAAGUAGCCAUCGGAUACUUCUGGUGCCUUCUGGAACGCUUCACGGCGUAUCUUCCCUAGAGUUACGUCGGACUUUUGAUCUGCAAUCAGCUGAUUUCUAUUUCGGUCGAGGAUGUUUACCGGAAAAUUCUCCUUUCCUGGUUCGGUUACAGUAGUAUCAUUCUCGGAAUUCUCCUCACCUUUCUCUUCCGGUAUCUUUCCCUCAAAGAGGGUUUGCAGAUCUCCUUCCUCUGGACCCUCACGUUUCAUCUCUUUUUUUGAUAAACUUUUGACUGCUAUUGAACUUUCUCGGUCAAUUAAUUCAUCUGCUCUCAACUGGGCUUCUUCUAAUGCUCUCUGUCUUCGAGUCAUUACGAAGGCCUCUUGUCCACCAGCAUCGGCUGCCCGAACGUUUUCCUCCCAUUGGUCCAAAAUAUUUUGUCUCGAAAGCGUCUUUCCAAAGGAGGACCUGCCAAGUAAACAAUCUACAGGUAGCUUGUCUAAAACUCCAACUAAUUCUACAUGUUUACCUUCCUUGCUAUCAAAUUCAACCUUUGCAAGGGGGACUGUAAGACGUUCUCCCGCAGCUGUUAAUACUGUGAUUUUGUCACCAGUCAAGGCUGAGCUGUUUACAUAUUUCCUGUGAACUAGAGUCCUAGUACACCCAGAAUCAACGACCAUUUGUGCAAACUUUCCAUUUAUUUUACCUCGAACAUUGCAAGGAGGAAACUCAGAUUGCUCUGUUGUUAAAGGUGUCAUACACAACAGGUACCCCUGUGAGGGCUUCCCACGACCCUUACCACAGUUAAACGACAUGUGUCCUGGUUUACCACAUUUGAAGCACUUAAUUUCAGGCUUUGUAGUCUUUUUGUUCAGGGGAUGGUGAGGGUUUUGCAGGCUUUUUCUUGAUUUUGAUUUUGUUUCUCUUCAGGCAAAGAAUCAGCUGCCUUACCUCCAAACCUUUCCUUUUUCAUAGAUUUUCCCCCACCUCGGUUUGUUACAUACCUGCCUCCAACAAGUGGUCCUUUUCUGGACUGAACAUGCAAAUUGGCGAGAUUACCAAGUUCCUCAGCAGUCUUUGGCUCCUGUUCCUUUAACCAAGCUCUAAGUUCAGGGCUUACUGCAUCAAGGAGUCGCUCCAUCAUUAUUUGUUCGAUGAUCUUUUCUGCGUCCCCUGUUGCCUCGGCAACGGCCAUCCAACGAUUGAGGUACCUACGGGUCCUGUUUCCCCACUGAACAAAAUCCUCGUCAGGUUUUUUCUCCGAAGUUCGAAACCUGUAUCUAUAAUGAUCAGCAGUCAACUGAUAAGCUUUUAAUGAUAAUGGCCUUACUUUCGAAAUAAUCUUGGCAGGCAGGGUCAGGAAUUUCUAAGUAGAUUGACUUAGCCUUUUCAGUUAGCUUGGGUACUAAGUUACCAACCCAGUCCCCCUCAGGUAGGGAUUGUGCCCUUGCAGUCAUUUCAAAAAUCCGGAAAUAAUCAUCUAUAUCUUCGCUUUCCCUCAUUUCCCUGAUUUUCAUAAAUUUGGGCCCCCUAGUCUCAUUAUUACUCACCUGCCGUCUUUCCGACUCCCUUGUAGCAAAUUGUUCUUUCUCAGCUCUGAGUACUCUAAGUCUCUCCUCUUCUCGAAUCGAACGUUCUUCUUCCUCCUGGGACUUUUGCCUUUCAUACUCUCUUCUCUCUAUCUCAGCCUCCCUUUCUGCCUGGCGCCUCUCUCUCUCAACCUCUCUCUCUAGCUCCCUAAUUUCCCUUUGCUCCUGACUAAUUUUCCUUCGUAAUUCUAGCAUCUGCAUUUCACGUUCCUGUAGCUGUAAUCUUUGUUCAAAACUGAGACUAGUGUCCGGAGCAGACUCCGCAAGAUUCUCGUUUUCCCCCGCAUCGCCCGAACUUUGGCCUGACCGAUCAAACGUUCUUAGUUUGCUUGCUAAGGUCUUAACUCCGUCCUUACGUGGAAAAUAAAUACGUCUUCUCGUAGCUUCAUCCCUAAGUUCUUGUAAUGUCCAGGAGUCAUAAUCGGUGGCUCUAGCGGCCAUGAUAAAUCCUAAAUAUGGUAAUUGUAUACGUGUCUCCGUUUGAGCCGUUUACACAAACCGUUAAAGAGCAAUCCCACUUCUGACACCAAAAAUCUGUGACGAAACCCGACACAAAAGUGAGUCCUCUCUAACGACAAAACAUAGCACAAACAAACCCGAGAAGACACGUACAUAAAAAAAAAAAAUAUAAUAUUCUAAACGUUUAAUAAAACAAUACUCCCAAAAAAAAAACUCCACGAUUAAAAAUAAACUAGGCGUUACUAAACAAUAUUAAACGGGAUAAUUAUUCUAAUUCCUAAAGACUACUGCGACAAUACUUGUAAUAAUUAUGCUAAUUUCUAAAGACUAAAUCAAGUUUACCUCUUACACAAAAUUUAACAGCGAUUUUUUUUUCUACUUAGCCUAUACAUAUUUACAAAUUAACUUCUUCCAACGUAUUAAUAGUUCCUUUAAAGUUCGCCUUGGGUAUAAACAGAGUUCCUUGUUUGCUCCUUUAGCCACACUCCAGUUGCCUUUCUCUCGUAUCUUCUCCAAACUUUCUCGUUCUUUGUUCGUUCCUUUAGCCCGUCGAUAAUUCCAAAAAAAACCUCCACACUCCAGUUGCCUUUCUCUUGUAUCUUUCCAAACUUUCUCUGGCUUCGGUUUUCCGGUCAGCCACUCCCUAACAAUUAAAACAAUGCUGCCAAUACUCACAAAUACUUCUUCUGCUUCUUCUGCUUUUACUUCUUCAACUCUUAUGGCACGUCAGAUGGCUUUUCCCCGACAAAUGGCUUCUUUAGUCGUGAAAUUAGAGGAAAGCCUCCACUAAAAGGGUUUCAGCGGAAUCGCUUGUGCUUCUAAGGUCUUCUUCUCGUUCUCUCUCCGGCGCGCUCUCUGCACUCACUGCUCUUCCCUCGACGCGGCUCCUUCUUAACAUCAAAACUCACAAAUCCAUUCAAAUGUAAAUGUACAGUGUGGCAAAAGGGACUAUAGUAAAAAUUCCGACAGUAAUUAACAGCUUUUAACAAUAGAACGGCUAACAAUGAAGAUUUUAACAAAAAAAAUUACGUAAUAGUUUACACAGCAGAAAAAUACUUAAAAAGUAAUUAGCAUAUAAAACAACUAUUAUAAAUUAGGAAUUCUGUGACACCCGUACGUAGCAUAGGUGACAAUAGGUUUCCCCUCCCCACCCUACCCAGAUUUCACGUUGCUUGCUUCAUAAACCAAGGUGAAGGUUACAUGAUGAAACAUGGCUACCUUGGAAAGAUGACCAACCCAUAAAUUUUUAGUGUGAAAAAACUGAGUAACUCGCUAUCCGAACAAUUAAUGGCUAAACAGGGAAUAGCGGAGUUUGUUUUGGCACCUCAUUGUCAUUAUGACUGUUUUCCUUUGAUGAACGCUACCUUAAUAUCUUAAUUAGUUAUGUUAAUUUACCUCUCUUCUCGUGUAUGUAAACUAUAUUUUUUCUUUUCAGCUUGUACUUGUGACGGUAUUGGUGCGUUCCACAACGUUUGUAAUCACGUGACUGGCGACUGUGUAUGCAAGCCUUACGUGACAGGAAUGAACUGCUCAGCAUGCCAGGUUAGGAAUAGAUAAUAUUAUUAUGAAGCAGGGUUUUCGGUAACAUUUGGAAUUGCCGGAUGCAGGGGUUUAGCUGCUGGAUUUGCACCGUUCGUGCCGGAAGAAAAAAAACCGUUGAAGGGUCUAUUAACACCUAACACUCGUCUGUUCUUUGUCUUGGGUAUAUUGCUGUAUAGUUCAUAUUGUAGACGUCCGUUAAGCCUUUUAAAAAAUAUAAUUCUUGCAAAUGUACUCUCUUGCAGCCGAACAGUUACAACUUUACCUCAAGUGGCUGCAUGGCGUGUGGUUGCAACCAAUUUGGCUCAAAUUCACUUCAGUGUAAUGAUUCAGGAAUCUGUGAGUGCAAAAACCACACCCUUGGCGAAAAGUGUGACUUAUGUGAGUGGGGAUUCUUUGGGCUUCCUAAUGCCACAUGCCAAGGUAGGGAAUUGUACUGUUUCUUUUCUUACAUGUAUUAACUUUGCUAAAUCCAUUCGGGUAAUUGUAACUUUUAUUUUAUGUACAACUUUUGGAUGAGGCCGCCGACAGUUUUUUGUUAUAUGAUAAUUUCCAGAAUGUGGUUGCAAUGAGACUGGUUCUAACAACUACACAAGGUGUGACCGCAGCACAGGCCAGUGCUACUGCAAACCAGGCGUAACAAACCGACUUUGUGAUCAGUGUUCGAUACAGCACACGAACUUCUCAGGAAACGGCUGCGAUCGUAAGUACAACAAAGCGUAAAAGCUUUAUUACUUUACAUGAACCGUACAUGAACUGUGAAUGACUAUGGUUUGAGGAUAUUGGCAGUGUAUUAGUGAAAUGUUUGGUUCUCCACAAACCAUGUCUGACUUGCAGUGUGUCCUGAACAAAGACAGUAGCUAAUCGAGUAUAAAAACAAAGCCUCCCACUCAGGCGUAUUUUUUGGAGAGUCACGCAAUCCUCCCCAAAGCGUGACGAAGUCCUACGUAUUUAACAGUGUUGUGUUCCCCUUUGACCUUAUAUGUCGGCGGGAGACAGUGUUAGCGUAGAUGCCAUGUGACCUUAAAGAAGCCAGUGAGAGCUAGUGCAGCUGGGGGAAAAGUUCUACAGUAGAAUCCCGGGGCGCUUUCCAUUUAUCAAGAAAUUCCGGCUGGGAUGCUAAUAGAAGACACGUUUUCCGGGCGUUCCACUGGAAAAUUCCCGGGAAUAAGGGGAGUUUUGAAAAGGUAGCCCAGUUUUCCCGUCGGAAAUUUUCCAGUGGAAAUGCAUUUUCCAUUUACGAGUUUUCACAAGAAAUCACCAGUUCCAUGCUAUUCACGGCAAUAUCUCUGCCACCAUUUUGAAUUUUUGGGACGAGAGCAUAAACGAAUGGAACUUGGGUCAAAUGGAACACGUUCUUCACUCGAUGGACCUUUCAAUGGACGUUUCCGAAAGGUUUUGGUAAUUGGAAAACGCCCCCCGAUAUUCUAACCAAACCCAACUUCCUUUCACCCGUCAAACUCUGUAAUUGUAUGCCCGAUUUUUCGAACCUCCCGAUAAUUCGAACUCAUUUACCUUUCCCUCUGUGGCUCGAAAAAUCGGGAUUCCACUGUACGUAGAUAUGAAACGGCGUAGAUAUGAAACGGCGCUGAACGUAGUGGCGGUGACAGAGAAUGUAAAUACUUUCCUAUUGGUAUGAACGGACGUGAGCCGUUAUGGCGUUAAUUGACGCUAUUGUUAUUAGGUAUGUAAGGUUUUGACAGUUGUAAUGUAUUCAUCUCAUCUCCGGAAUUAUAAACUAUUAUUUUUAUAUCUUACUUUAUUCAUCUAUCCAUUGAGUUUUUGCCUUUAACCCCCAGAGGUUGUGGGACCGCGUCGUUUGGUGAAUAGUCGUGAAUAUAAAAAGGAAUAUUCGUGUAUAGGGGUUGGCAAAACUGAUAACAAUGAAUAGCAGUCCUUUUAGUAGAAAUUGCAAUGUAUAGUAUAUUGCAAGAAGUAGAACAGGUGUAUAAUAUGGUGUACUGCCUGUGAGGAAGUGAUAAAAAGUUUAUAUAUAACAUAGUGAAACUGUCCAAAAAUUGAUUGUUUUUUAUUUGUCUGUAGCGUGUCCACUUUGUAGCAGACUUGGAUUACAAGCUGACAUCAACAAAACACUUUUGGACCUAAAGGAAGCCCAAGCUAACGCAGAUAUAGUUUCUAACCUAAAAGAUUUAUGGCCAGAGUUGACUAAAGUGGAAGGACUUAUUGAUGACGCUGAGGUUUGUUUUUGCACUGUCAGUCUGUGAUACCAGCAGAAUGACCUAAAAUCCAGAAGAGUUGCAAAUCGCCACCUUAUAGAACGCAUUAGACAAACAAACUCAGCAAAAAUAGAUAGGAAGCGGAAAAUAUGCUUAGGUUUGUUCGGUUUAACAAUCUCAAGGGCGAUUGCAUGUUUAUAAUUUGUUCACUGGCUACACGUUAUUUUGAACGGCUAGUGUCCUAUAUGUCAUGGAGUAAUUAUUUGAAGUAAAAGUAAGAUAACCUUACGUCAGCAUAAUUCUAGUUUGUUUACUCUUUUAAGUAAUCAAUUAACUUCGUUGUUUUUCAGGCCUCAGAAAAAGAAUUUGAUGACGUCGUGAGAGGUCUUUCUAACAACCUGACUCAACUGAAGGAUAGCCAGCUAAACAGGACAAUAAUUGAUAUACAAGUCUUGGUAAGAUGCAGCAUAAUUUAUUCUAUGAUUCGGUUUUCUUUGGGCCUGGCACUUGUGCUUUGUUGUCUUUUUUCUAUUUGACCAAACCACGUACGGUAAAGUAUUGUAUCUCCAAAAAGGCAUUAGUAAAGUGAUUAUUUUUUUUAUUAUUAUUCACUAUGACUAUAAUUAUCAACUUAUUUUGUGCUUUUUAUUGUUUUUAGUUGUCAAACGCAUUACAGCAAAGUGCUUCUUUGCAAGCCAAUGUCACUCGAGAAUUGAACCGUAUUCGAGAGCUGAAUACUAAUACCCAGUCUGCGAAAGACAAUGUUACAGGUUAGCGACUAAGUAAUAUGACUGUAUUAGCACUUUCACUCCCCGGCAGAGUCUUGUGAGGUGGUUCUAACUUUUGAGUCUGUUGAUGAAAACAUUUGUUGUUACCAUUCAAGUGAAACCUCUUCGGCAGUACUUUCGCAACGUGCUAUUUUUAGUGUUUUACAAAAUGAAAUCUCACCAACGAAAAAAUCUAGUACAUUGAGGAUGAUAAAGGUGUCUGCGAGCAACCUCUUGUUAGCUUGGGGGAGGGGGUUAAGGAUAGGGAAAGAAAAGCAACUGGAGGUGGCCCCAAACGGCAAAAGAUACAGAUGAGGCUGGCGGAAAAACACUUUAGUAAGCCGCCGCCUUAAGAUUGAUCUCCACCCAGCAUCAUUUUUCAUUAAACUUCUACGAAGCAGACAUUCAAAUUUCUGAGACGUGACGAAAGUGCAAGCUCUCGUCUUCGUGCUCGUAAUUACUGAGUUUCAAGCUGAAUUGGACUUUUAUUGGCUCAUCAUUAUUGACUUAACUGGAUCACGUUGGAGGUGAAACAAAAAUAUCUUUUGUUGGUUUUGGAUAUUUUGUAGACUGACACAGUCGUUGUAUUUGCUCAUGAGGGCAUUGCUUAAUGAAGUGAACUUGUUUGUGCUGUUUUGGUUUCAGCUCUGAAUGCCACCGUUACUGACGUAUUGACUCGACUUACAAGUCUAAAGAGGCAUGCUGAUAAUUUAUUAGCUGGGAUAAAUGGCAUUAUGAAUAGGACGUAUGACAAUGAAGAGCAGCAGGCUGAUGAGGAAUAUCGAAAAGCGCAAGAUGUUUCCGCAUUAGCCAUGUCAGCUAGAUUCAACGUAACAGCUCAGGAAAACUUGAGAAAGAACUUAAACGAUACAGCGGUGCAGCUAGAAAGAAGCCUUCUUGUUUCGAUGGGAGAUUUCGACCAAUUAACAAACAGGGCCAUAACUACUGCUGUUAUCACGGAUGAUGCCGUUAUUCUUAUCAAUCGGACAAAGGUGUGUUCACUGCAUUGUGAUUUUGUGAAGUGUAACGAACGCAGACGUGACACUAUGGUCACACUGUACCGGACGGCUUUUGCGCUGGCACGAAAACCAUAGCGGAGAAGGCUUCUGUUCACACACGAGAACAGUGAUUUCGGCGAGAUUUCUGUAAAGGAGCGAAGCUACGCCGCGCCGACCUCAUCUCUGAAGUGGAGAGUUACAUAUCAGAUAGGUCUUCAAACUAAACCUGAUAGUUUUUCCGGCGCGUCGACAGGAAAAGCGGUCAGGUAUGAUGGGGAUAUAUCCUAAAUGGUAGAUUUUCAAGGUAUUUCGUCAAUCUUUGCUGCCGUCAGUUAUUUAACAAUUAUUCCUCGAGCCCGAAUGGGCUCUGAGUCAAUAGCCCAUGAGGCCCAAGGCCGAAUGGGCUAUUGACUCAGAGCCCAUUCGGGCUCGAGGAAUAAUUGUUUUAGUAAAAUCCAACUAGCUGGUCAAAAAAUCAAGACAAAACAACUUUAGCUAGCAGAACGUGAUUCAGCCGCCAUUGUUUUGAUUUCCAAAGCCGGCGCUUUUCGCUACUAGUGAGCUAUAACAUAUAGUCUAGUAGUAGCUCAACCAAUCAGAACGCAGCAUUGAUAAUAGACCACUAGUUGGAUUUUACUAAAUAUGUUUUAUUUCUUGGUUAUUUAAUGUUUGUUUUGUUUUCUUUUUACAGAACUUGAUCAGUGAAGCAAGGAAUAUAACCGAUCGAGCACUUCAGUUACUUGAGACAGUUCGCGGGAUUUUAAACCGCAGUGACCUCUACGUUUCCACAGGACAAAACAAUUACGAGGUACGGACUACAUGAAAUAAAAUUUUUUCCUAUGAUUGUGUAGAUGUUGGUUUCGCUUUGCCGCAAAUACAAUAGAAAAUAAGCAAUUUAAAGGAAUUAACUGAGUUAUCAACAAAGAAUGCCAACAGUGCUAGUGGUCAGUGGUUGUUUUGGAGGUGCAUGUGCAUUAUAUCCCAACAUUUUUCAUGUGUUCUUUCAUGUGUUUCGUGCAGAGUGAGGAGUUUUUUAACCAGUAUUGUUUGGUGAGAGGUUUCUUCUAAAAGUUUCCCCCUGCCCUCCCUUCCCUUCCCCUUUUUUCUUUUCACUGAUACUUUUGUGCGACGGGCGCCUACUGCCUUGCGUGUGGCUAGAUUACGAGGUCGUGCCAGCCAAAGUGAAGAGGUAGCCCUUAAAUAAUUCAGCCCCAACCUCCAUUCAGCCUAAUUUGCUGUCUUGUUUGUCUCACAAGACAUGAGCCAGGAAUCGCAGUAAAACACGAAUUUUAAAAUAAUGUAGUUGAAGUAGUCAUUGCUGUUGUGUGUUUCCAGGAUGCAAGUACUCGUCUGGGCAUCUUAAGAGAGAAUAUGACCACAUUGGACAACUCUCUUCAGGCUGUAAUGCCAGAAUUAAAUGCUGCAAAUCAGAGUGUAACUGAAAACGCCACUAAACAUGCGGCUAAUCUUACAGCUGAAGCCAGGCAACGACAAAGGUGAGUUUAUUUCGCCGAACAGAAACGAAUAAAACGACUCGCUAUUUACGGUGGUGCAAUAAAAAAAUAAAAUGGUAAAUUAAUCAAUCAAAUGUUAAUGUAAUGAUAAACCAUGAUAGACUUUCUCAAAGCCUGUUUCCGGUUCAUACUGAUUCGAUGCUCGUCUCGCGACUUCGUCGCUCGCUCUUGUCCUCGCGCCUUCGGCCGCAGUCGACUUGUGGCAAGUCUAAGGUAAUAAUGGUGUAAGCUGGUUUUGAGAAGAUAAGCAAGAAUAUGAUCAUAGGCUAAUGAUGAUGAUGACGACGUUAAUCGCACCGUUGUAAUGGUGAUUAUCGUAAUGGUGAUGAUAAAAAAAAUAACGUCCAGGACAUCAGUGAGGAUUUUUAUGAUGACCGAAACUUGGUUGACGACGAUGAUUACGUUGAUGAUACUAACCAUGCGAAGGUAGCCUGCGAGCAAGCUCUCCAUUUGGGGAAGUCGCGAGAAGUCACGCGAAAGUAACACGCGAAAGGAGACGCGGGUGCGAGGGACGCCUCUCGCGGUUUGCUUUGCUCGCCAAAAAUCAGGGGAGAACUUGCUCGCAUGCUUGUGCAAAGAUUAUGACGAUGCGAUAAAAGUAUGUUGUUUAUUUUGUUUUCAGUGUUUUUAACACCACCCUGUCUCACGGAGCGCGCGCUGUUGAUGCUAUCAAAACGUUUGAAGAAGUAGUACGGCUCGGAAAUCAAUCGCUUGAAACUUCCCAGCAGGUCAACCAGUCACUGCAAGAAAUUAUGACCAGGGUGAGUUAUAACAAACUCUCUCUAGAAGGGUUUUAUCGCCUGCAGAACAGGCGUUAUUUUUUGCGCCCACUCCCUUGCGCGUGUCUCGCGCUCCACGCCCGCGUCGAGGUUUGUUCCCCUGAAAAGCGCGAAAUAAUACCGUCUGUUUUGCAGGCUACUUUUAAACCAAAUCCUGAAAUGCCAUAUUUAGGAGAGAAGGAUGAACAAUCUUUAAAAGUAACAGCAAUCGCUGAAAAAAUCAACAAAUCAAUCAGUAUUCAAAGGAAAGCAAACAGAGAACUCCAAAAAUGGAACAACUGAAAUCUUGUAAAUUGAUAUCGGAAAGUUAAUCCUACGAAAGCAACUUGUUUCCCUUUCAUCGGUGAUUUUUUAGCCUUAUUAACCAGUUGCACUUGUAAGCAAAAAUCGUUUUUUGUAAUUAUUUUAUUAUUUUGUCGGAACAUGUAUGAUGCGUAGUCUGGCUAACAGUGAGCAUGAUUCUACUGCAGCGACAAAAUGUCCCUCUUGUUUGCAUGUAAGACUUAAAUGAAUUCAAUUUCUGGUUAAUUUAUUUCAGCUUCAGAAUGUAACGUUAGUUAGCUCCGAUCUUCAAACAAGAGUUGCUGAUUCAAAAGACCAAAGUGAAGAAUUUUUCAACAAUACUUUGGCCAGGGAUGCGAAUCAAAGAGGUAAAUUAUUCGGGUUUUUUGUCAAUCGUAAUUCCAUAUUCCAGUGGUUCUAUUACCUCCCAUAAUAUCGCACGUAGCAACAAGCUACAAUCUGCGUUACCUUACGAAUCCAUGAUACUGAAAAAAACAGUAAUUUAACUAAUUUAAGUAAGUGUUUUUAGAGAAUUGGGCGUUGCCUUUGGCACCUUAGGAAUCGAAGUCUAAAGGUCAUAGACGCACGUAUUUUCAGAAUGAGAAUGAGAUGAAUAUAAAAUAAAAUUUACUAACAUACCGGUUUUUCGGAAAAAAAGGAAGAUCUUUUUAUUUGCCUUUUUCUCUGUGUAAUUGCUUUUAGUCUAGAACAAGGUAUUAACUACUUUAUUAGCCUGCGUAGACGCAAGCGGUCGGAAGGAAAUAUUAGGGAAUUAAUCGGCUUAUUUACAUGGAGGUGGGGGACCUCAGGUAGGUGAGGUAACCCGUUUAGGUGGGGUAACUCGCCUGUCCAUAUAAUCUCUAAUUUUAAUUGGAUUACGUUGACAAGACAGGUGGGGUGACCAGCCAAGGUGGAUAGCUUGGUCUGCCAAACUGGGUAACCUUCUCAGCCGGGGCAAAUUUUGCCAUGUAAACGUUUCAAAGUGGGAUAACUCGGCUAGCCGGGGUCGGAUUCGUGAUACAUUAAAUUCGCGCAAAAUUCACUUUGGCGGUGGCUUUGCAUCAUUACUAAAGAUAACAAUAGAAAGCCACAUCACUGAAGGUUGCAGCAAGAGCAGCAAGUGAGUGUAGAAGAGCAUGAAUCACCAAAACACGUGGUUUGCCAGCAUUUUCCUUGUUUACGUGCUUAGCCACCAUUCAAUAAUCUUGAGAAAGUGCACCCCGGGAUGGAGGGGUUGUAAGAUUGCAUGAAAAGGAGGGUUAUUUUUUUUACUCCACCUAGACGGAUUACCUCACCUACCUGGGGUCCUCCACCUCCAUGUAAACAGGCCGUAAGAUUCCAUGACGCGGCGGCAACGAAAACGUCUUAAAAAACAAUAGGUUUAAUAAGAAAAACAACAACUUCACACGUGCAUCACGCCUUUUUGUACGUUUCUUUGCCGUUUUUUGAACGACUACGACGCCUGAGUCCGUGUUUUAUGGAGGAGGUAAACAAGCAACGACGAAAUUUUGUUUCGCUUUCUGAACUUGAAUAUGGUCCCUUGGAAUUCAAAUUCAGAGGGGUUCGCAAAUUCACUUUUGCUGUCGCGUCGUUAAAUCUCAAAGUCCCUUAUGGCGCAAUGUUCUUUCUUGUGCCCAUUACGCUCAAUCGCGUGCUACGCAUGCUAAUGCUUUACGUUUUUCACAGUGAAAUGUUUACUUAACUUAAUGCUCUUUAUUUAGGGCUUCGAGCCAAUGUUACCUCAUCAAACCAGACGUUGACGGACGCUGUAACGACUGGUGAUUCAGUGGAUUCUCUUUACGUCACUUUAAAAUCUCAGCGAGACUCUCUUGUACAAGCAGCUGAGUUGGGAAGUGGUACACACUCCGUCCUAUCAAACGCCCGGACUGCUAGCGACUAUUCCAACGAGGCACUGUUUCGCGCCAAUCCUGUUAAUGGUGGUACUCCAGCCUUGCUGGAUCAAGUCAACAGACUUGAACAACGGAUGAAGGCAAUUAACCAAUCAGCUGAGAGAGCUGCAGGUCUCACGUCCAAGGCAUUUGCAAAUGGUAAGCCUGUUUAUGUACAAUUUGUUGGUAGUUUUCCUGUGCACGAAAAUUUUGAGCAUUUGGAACCCCGGAUUAACUGUCCUGAAUCACACACCAACGUGAUUUCUAUCCACUAAAUAAAAAACGUCACUUUUUUCUCGUGAUGAAAGGGGGGAUGGGUGAACGUGAAAGUACUGUUUGCAGUCCUGAUGGUAAUUUUGUUUGCGCGUUUGAAGGAUAUUGUGAUUUGUCGGAUUUUCUUUACUAAAUUCACUUUACCAAAGAAAAAAUUCCAAAUUCCGAUUUCUCGAACCCUCCUUUUUUCUAUAUUCCCGAUAACUUGGAACCCAGUCAAUUGACCUUUACCAGUAGUCAAACACUGUAAUUUUACACCAAAUUUUUCCAACCAAUUCGCUUCUCUUAACGUGUUUCAAAAAGUCUGGUUCCAUUGUAUGUGUAAACUGAUUUUUGUGUUGAAGAUAUUCUGUUAAAGUUUACUGUAUUUGCCUACUUAUUACAGUGAAAAAUGCAAGUGCAGCAUUGGGUGGGGUGGAUAGAGCAGUGCAAAGAGCGGAUGAACUGAAAAACCUAACAGCUAACUUACAAGCCCAGCUCAGGCAGAACAUGUCAGUGUUGGAGGAAAAACUAAGAAGAGCUAAAGAAUAUGUGGCUAAGGUAGAUAACUUAAGUCUUUACUGAACGUGGAAAAUACAUAAAUGUGCACAUCACUAAUACACUUGUAGCUGUAAACGUAAAGAGACUUUUCUUAAGCUUUGAUCAGGUGGUUGAUAGUUAACGCGUCGUGUAGAAUUUUCAUACUCUGGCUUUUUAUUCAAACCGCAAUGAGAACAUCUCUGCAAAUGUGGAAGUUUUGUAAAUUUGUAAAUAUCAGACUUAAACUCACGGCGAAGAAAAAGCUAAGAUUUGCCAUUACUUUAGAGCAGAGAAAUAAUAGCUAGGGAAAAGCGUUGUCCACUUACAUCCAUUAACAGCCCCACUGGCCUUGCAUGUAAAAAUUUACCAGUGAGUUAAAGUGCAUUAGUUAAUCUUUUGCUUGUGUUUCAGAUUCGUCUUGCUCUGAACGUUCAAGGAAAAACCGCUGUACAGUACCGUCCUACAUCUCGUUUAAUAAACACGACUCGUUACACAGAGAUCUCGAUAGACUUCAGGGCGACUCGUGUCCAGGGCUCGCUCUUUUACCUUUCUGAUGAGUCAAGUAGCAGGGUGAGUGUGCAGUGAUGUUACACAGCGGUAACCAAGUGAAAUAUUCCUGAGAGGUCUUCAGCGUCACUUCCAUGCCCCUGUUUUUUUUACUAUUUUUUCACCUUUGAAAUUUUCCCUUUAGCCUGUUUCAUUGUUUUUUUUCUGUUCGUAAAUUUGGUGUCUUGUUUCGCUGUUGACGUUUCGUCAUGUUAAGGAAUUUCAUGGCCGUUUUAAUUUGGUGGAGGUGGAGAACCACCCCAUAUUUUCUUUUCCGUUGCUCUUAUGUCGCACGUUAAUAUUUAAAGUUUCAGGUUAGGGUAACCCUUCAGCUUAAAAGAGAAGCUGGGAUGUAGACACGUUUCGAAAUCAAACCUCCAACAGAAAUGAAAUGCAUAUUUUGCGGCAAUGAGACAAAGGCAUUUUUCUUGGAAUUCGCCACUUUAGAAACAAGAAGGGGAUUGCUGCCGAAACACAUCCCGCAAGUUAUUCUGGGAUCGUUACUAAGGACGCGCCGGUCGGCGUAUAACAGCCCCAGAAUUCUUUGUGACAAUUAACUCGACCCAGUUUCUCUCUCGUUUCUAAAGUGGCGCAUGCGUCGUGGCAAAAGGUCCGCACAGAAAAGUUUUUUCAUUACUAGGUUGUAAGCGAAAAUUUAGUACCUUUUGCUGGCAGACUUUUCACUCAGUUUUCCUUUCUUCCGCAGUCUUUGGCUCUAACUUUAGAGAGUGGAUCAUUUGUGAAGUUUCAGUACAACCUUGGCACGAAUCCUAUUAAUAUCAUCAACUGGGCUGUUAGAGUGUACCCUGGUGACUGGUAUACUGUGUAUGCUACACGGUAAGUAUCUUAAAUAGAUGACAUGUAGCCUGAGAAAACAGCAGACAUUUCGCGACGCCUCUACCGGUUUCCCCGCGCGCGAAACGAGUGCAGAAAUUCCACAACCUCGUUUCCAGGGUCCUCUCGUCCCUGCGGAGCGAGAGGGAGAGAGAGAACCUGGAAACGAGGUCGAAAAUUCCAUUCUGAUGACGCCUUACUACCCAGAUCUGGGUAGCGCUUUUGAUUGGUUUCCACGUUAAAGUAGACCGUUUUCACUCCUUAUGAUACAGCCAUUAAGUAAAAUUACUCUGAAAUUGGGGUGUUUUUGUUUCUCUGCAGAUAUGAGAAAGAAGGACGGUUGACGGUGACAGAUCACAAGAGAAACUUUAGCCGUACGUACGAGCCCAGCACAGACGUUAUAACAAAUACCUUGACCACUGACUUCAAACCUGAUGAUAAUCUUUACAUUGGAGGUCUGCCUACUGGAGCCAUGGUGAGACUUAAAUUGAUGGUGUAGCUCUUGAGCUGUUGUUGUCGUACAUAAUAUUUCACUCCAAAAGAAAUGGAUGCAGGUGUUACGAUAUCUUAGUCACGUUGGUCGACAUGGCAUUUUCCAGGGUCAUGUUGUUGGACCACUUCUAUUUGUACUGUUUACUCCAUGUUUGGGUAUUAGAGUUUCGCCGUUAAGUCCGUGGCUAGGCGUGUAUGACCAUACAAAUAAAUGCCGUGGUUGUUUUAUGAUUCUAACAACAGUUUGUCUUUCGUUGCUUGUAUAUCAAAAUGUUCUCAGGAAGCCAGGUCAGAAAUGUUUACAGUCCGCAGCUACAUAAAUUGCGUCCGUAGACGAUAUAUCCAACUGUUUCCUAACAAUACCGGUUUUUGGUUCCAUCGUUACGCUAUUCUUGAGAAAUCAUUAGGUUACAUCAAGAUGAUAUAUGUAAGGUGUCACUGCCUUAUCAGAACCGAAUUUUGUUCUGUCUCAGGAAAACAAGACAGACCGCUUCUUUGACGGCUGCAUUGACAAUGUUGUGCUUAACCAGGAGUCGCUGAAUUUGUGGGAACCAGUCAAGGUGGAAGGGAAUCGCUCAUUCUGUUCCAGAAGGUAUCGGCAAUAUGUAAUAGGGGUAAUACAGUUGUAGUCAACUUCGGUGUUCGUUAUUAGUCCUGAUCAUUGGCCGUUUAGAGGUGGCGCGUCAGACUGGGUUAGUGUUGUGUCGAACUGCACUAUGGGACGAAUGUGGACCCAUUUUCCUACUCAACUUCGUGUAGGUAUUGUAACAAAGGAAGCGAUAGCAUCCCCUAAACAGUGCCAUGGUGCAAUUUGUCACAGCACUGACCCGGUCAUACGUGCACCCUUAAAAUGUCCCACACCUUAUUGGGUAUAUUUUUCCAUACCAAAUAUGGUGUGAUGGCUCUUAUGCAUGAUUACGUCAGACAAGCAAAUUUCGCGAGCAAGCCUUUUGUAAGCAAAAUUCUUCGUCUUUUUACACUUUUUGUGCGUGGAUAUUCUUUUUAACGUUGGUGCCUUGGGAAUUUAUGUAAGAAAACUUGGCAAUUAACAAUUUCAAAACAAGGCUUGGUGGUGAAGUUUGCUCGUCUGACGUAAACAUGCAUAAGGGCCAUGUGGUUACUAUGAGUGCAAAGCAAACGUUUUUUUGUUCUCGCGGGGGAAUUAAUACCUUUUUUCACUAAGCUCACGUGUGUUACUAGUUGUAAAGAUUCGUUUCAAUUCUAUCUUGAAUUAAACAAGAAAUCGCUUUAUUAUUUGUAGCUAUAGAAAGCUAACCUGUUAUCAUUGUAUGCUGUUCUAGACCUCCCGAUGAAGUGGACCUUAUUCCUGGAAUCAGUUUCUUUGGCAUUGCUGAAGGUCAUGUGAAGCAGAAGAUGGGAAGCUUUAACAUUACUGGCGAGUCAGAGAUGGAGUUUCAGUUCAGAACAUUCCUUAAAACGGCUCUUAUUGCUAUCGUUUUGAACGGCCAGGUUGGUGUCUGUACAAAACGUUAACGUUGUAAAGUGUGUUACGGUAUAAAGCGGAUAACUAUGUUAGCGUCCUUUGUUUCAGACUUAUUGAUAUUUUCAUUUUUUUCUUCACGGACUUGAUAAAGAGAAUGGUUUUUUGUGCGAUCAAUGUAACAGUUGCUUUCCUAAAGAGAGACAGAUCUGGCGCACACCUUAGCUCAGUUUUUGAGUUUACUUCAUAAAACCCUUACAAGUGUUAUUCACAAAGGUAGUUGAAUGAAUGAAUGAAUAGUCGUGGAUGAGAGGACAACAGACGUGCCCUCUUACAAUACAUUUUAACAUGUGAACAGUAAGUUCGGACGUCAGCAUACAAAGGCGCCACUGUCACUCAGUCCAUUUGUGAGCUUACUCUACCCACCCAACCUAUGAUGUGAAUGAUGUGAUAAGUGAAGGUUGACCACAAGACCGGGGUCUACGUCCCCUACUCUUUUCGAACAGUGAUGUGGGUUCUUUUACGUCCCACAAGAACCAGAUAAGUGUAAGUGCUGUGAGACGGGACCUACGGUUUUUUGUCCUUAUCCGAGAAGACUAGAAAGUCUAACCGUUUGCAGAGGUCAUUACAAAGGCAGCACUUUCUUCUCAGGUAUUUAAAGACCCUGAGUGCUGGUCCGGUCGGGGUUCCAACCCGUGACCUCCCGCUCAGCAGACCGGCGCUCUCCCAACUGAGCCAACCAGGCGGUGGUUUUAUGUUAUUGGUGUGGAGUUUUAAAACAAUAGAAUGCUUAUCGGGCUGCCCUCACAACAGGCCUUUUCUAAGUUGCUCCAAGCCUCUAUACCAAACCACUGAUAUGGAAUGAUUUUUUAUUUUCAUGCCAAGGAAACUCUUUAUCACAAGAAAGGUUUCGUACUUAGCCUCCUUUCGAAAGUGAGGGUUUUUGGAUCUCGGAAAAGGCGUAUUUAUGGUCCGCAUACUUUUCUAAAGCCCUGGUGUCACUUGUGAGAAGUUGCUCUGUUUAGGUGUUUUUCAUGUUGUGUUGGUGUGGUCAUCGCAGUAAAUCUAAAUUUCAUUUUCAGAAUUAUGUCUAUGGUGUUUACUUGAACGAAAGCCGUGUUGCCUUCUUCUUCAAAACUCCAAGUGACACCUAUACAGUUCAUAGCAAACUCAGUUCAUACAGUGAUGGACGCUGGUACAGGGUGCAUGUGGUUCGUGGACUCAGGAAUGCUAGUCUGACUGUCAGGCCAGCAGGUCCAUCAGACAGUGGAGCAGUUGAUCACAGCACAAUAACAACCUCAUCACCCGUUUAUCUACCUGUUGGACAAGCGUUGCUAUUUGGUGGGAAAUAUCCCAACAGGUUUGUGGGCAUUCGUUAUGGUUUCUGCAACUGUUUGAAACUAAUUCACUACCAAUUCCAAUCAAUGAAGUAACUGUUUCCCAUGACAGUUGCAAGUGAGGUGUAGCUGGAAUUUAUGACAGGAAAUAGGUCAGCCUCGUUCCCAGGGUACUCUACUACUCGGCCACCGGAGCGAGAGAUAUUGUAUUGUACCUACACAAACCGUACCUGUUAUCCCAGUAUACGUUGAACUGAAACUUCUUGAAAUUAUUCUAACCUCCUCCUGCCUGACAGACCUUUUCAUUAGGUAGAAGCUAAGAAGAAGAAGAAUAGACAGCACUUAUUAGAGUAAACAAUUCUGCAUGAUUGCAAAAAACUUUGUAAAGGUUAAAAUAACGAGGCAAAAACGUCAAGGAUAAUUCUGUAAAAACAGCAAACCAUGCCCGUUAAAUAGUUAGUUACUGGUGUAUGUAGUGGCUGUAUGUAAUAUUAUUAUGGUGUUUUGUCUUUGUAGCCCAAUCCAGGCUCCUGUAGACACGUCAUUCGCGGGAGCUUUAAGGUGGAUCAAUGUCAGUAGCUCUUCUUCUGGAGUACUGAUGUCCCGCUCACUUAGUGAUUCCAACCAUACUGAGUCUUACAAGGGUGUGUCUUUCUCUGGUCUGUUGCCUGUGGUAAGAACAUAGCUGGAGUACCGUAUUUAUUCGAAUAAGCGCCUACCCCCUUCCCCCUCCGACCCUCAAAAAAUUUAGUGCACGAGAGAAGUAUUGUUUAUUAUUUAUUCACUGGCCUACAAUCUCUAGAUUCAUCGUCUACGAGAAUGUUGGAGUUUUCCUCAAAGUUUCACGUUUUGUUAUUACCAUUUAUUGUUUUGUUGCAAAAUAAACAUACUACACUCGCUGAAAAUGGUGAAAAUUUUAAUAAGCGCCCAGCCUCGAAUAAGUGCCCAGGGCGGUUAAUCGAAUAAAUACGGUUUUCUUCACUUUAAUAACGAAAAAGGAACUGAGCCUAGUUAACGAUCGCAAAGACUUCUGGCACUGUCACUAGGGACAAGUGAAUGACAGGUGCGCCCGCCCCCAGUAACGAUACCUGAAACAAUUGCAGUACGCAGUUCGGUUCCCAUUCACUUUUCUUUUCUACACUGGCGAAUAGAACGGUAAAGUAAAAUCUAGGGUCAAACUUGUUUGCGCCUUUUCGUGAGACAAAAACAAGGCAAGACUGAAGGGAACGUUUUGGCGAACUGCAGAAAAAAAAAUUGUUCUCAAAUUAAUUUUCUUUAUAUAUUCCACAUCUGUCUGAUAGGAAACAUGGUUUACUUGUAUUAUUUUUAGCUAAGGCAAAAUGAUUCGUUCUUCAGAGCCAACUACUAAUGACCAAUAACAUCGCGACGUAAUUGACCAAUUAGGUCAAUAACUAGAAUUUAAUACCAUCGUCUGACGUGAUGCAACUCGCUUUUACUCUGAAGAUGGGUACCGCACAGGUUGCCAAAACGUCAGUCACUGUCAACAACAACAGUCGUAUUCAGGACUACGUUCACCCGGACGAUUGGACGCCACCUGAUUACGAAAUGACUCCUGGGCUCAUACCUUUCGCUGAAUUAAAACUGCUAUCUGACUGAAUUUUGCAAUAUCUGAUAGGUCUGCUUCACCGUUGUAUGUUUUCAGGUCGAGCAAGGUAUCCGAUUCCUGGGUCAAAGUUACGCUGCCGUGGAACCUGGUCAGUCGCAAAUGACGUCAAUCUCAUUGAAGUUUAAGACACUCUCUCCUACUGGUGUUUUGGUUUACAGUGGAGAGGUAACAUAACUUAAUUAUUAUUAUUAAUUAUUACUAUUAUUAUUUUUUAUAAAAAGUAUAGAAAUGACUUAAAAACUGUUUAAUAGCCUUUUAACUUCUCAGCUUUAAAUACGCACUAAAUAGUACGCAGUGUUGCUUUACGUGGAAUGCAACCUUGUCUGCCUGGCUGUGUAACAGGCGCCAGGUAAUUUUUUUAAAGGCCGCGCGAGGGGAGCACUCCUUUUCUCCCUACUGGCGUCCUCGAAUUUUCUCUUUUCGCCCUUAAAAAAUACCGGCGCCUGCUACGCAGGCUAUUGUCUGCCUUGAAAAUCGUCUGCAACGAUUCAGAUUACGUUUUCCAAUGAAAUUACUGCUCAAGUUUUUGUGUUUAAACUAGGGGAAUCGGCUUUAGUUAAAUGGAUUUCAAUUUUAAGAAACAAAUAGCAGUCAUAACCUCUUUGAGUCAAGUGCCAGUGUUUUCAUUCUUUACUUAAUCCUUUUAAGUUUCAAGAGUGGUUAACAUCAAUUUUCUCCCAACAAUAUCGGUACAAAAUCAACAGAAAGGGUCCUAAGAACUGGUACAAUGAUCACCAAGUGGAAAUAUUUUGAUUUCUUAACAAAUUCUCUCAACAUCUUCUUAAAGGAAAUUUAUGGAGAUCACUGGAGAAUUUGUGAGUGGAUAUCGGAGCUUAAAGGAGUAACAGCAUUUCUCUUAUUUCAGGGUCCUUUCUUUUACUUGGCGCUUUUCCAUGGCAACCUUUAUUUAGUGUACCGUGCCAAUCUAACAACCCCGUUCGUUCCCGUGAUUAGCAGUGGAGAAACUUUGAAUGACGGUGCUUAUCAUACUGUUAAAAUUGAACUGGGAGGUAGUGGGUAAGUAAGUUUUCUAUUUUUUAAAUUUUACCGCCAGUGCGGUUUCUUUUACAGGUCACAUUUCACUGGUCACUUGAAGAAACUUCUUUAGAGUGUUCCUGAACAAAAGCAGAGGGCUUUGCUGGCGAACUUGACAAUAAAAAUGUUAUUGGUUCCAGAAUACUAAUGUCUUCCAACAGACACUUCUUUUCUUUUGUGUUAGAGAUUGACGAUGUACAUUAAGUAAGGUAUAAAGCCAAACCAAAACGACUACCCUUGUCUCCUGAGUUUUUCAGAGAGAUACCAGUCAGUUUGCUUUCCUUUCUGUCAUAAGCGUUUUCUAUAUAGCUUGAAGAUUAUUUUCUCAUUUAGUUUGCUGAAUACAAAAAAAAAUCGCCGAAAAUGUUGAAAAGAUGGGGAUAUCAGUUUAAAGCCGCCGUUUUUAUCUUAGUGUUCAGGUUACUUGCGCUUCAAUCCAUGUUCACCCUCCGAAGAAAAACAGAACAAGUGAUUCAGCUGCUUUAAUUCCUUUGUCUAACAUUUGUGUUUGUGUUUUAGGAGCAAUGUAAAACUUGAUGACCGCGAUUUGAGAAUAGAUCCGGGAUUUCCCGCGGGUCCCGUGAGUCUGAAUGGCAGUCUGUGGAUUGGUGGGGUGGAUGAUCGUACAGUCAUACCCAGGCUCUUCCCUGUUAUUAUUCCAUUCGAAGGAGACAUGAAGGACCUGACGCUGAAUGGAGAGUAAGUUGCUACACUGGGUGCUAAUCUAAAAAAGAAGAUUUCAUUGUUUUUAGACUUUUUGUCUCAACGCUCAAAGACUCAGCCGCUAUUUGAUCUUUUCACUCUUCCUUCUCCCACAAAAAAGUGAAAUCAUAUCAGUUGCAGCGGCCAGGUUUAAUUGUUGGAAGUGAUAUGCAGUAUAAACAUGCAACAUCAGUGAAGAGUGUAUAUUUGUAUAGUUUUACAUCUGGAAAUUUCAAUGCAGUAUUACAUACUUCAAGUGAGAGAGUUCAUAUCUUACUAGAUAAAUUUAAUCAUGAUAGGAAACUUUUAUAACGAUGACAGCGAGGACCCAAUAUUUCCUUUCUUGAAAAUUUAUAGCCUGCGUGGCAGGCGCUUGGAAGUAAUACUUCGAGAAUAAAACAGGGUGCGUCGUUACGGUUUUCUUUGUGUAGUAUACUAAGGGAUGUGUUUUGGUUUUCAGCCCAAUAAACAUCUUCUCUGGACGAAGCCAGUAUGUAUCACUAGCUGGAGUGCCGCCUGAACUUGUUGUAGUACCCACCGCUGAACCCACCACCCCUCCCCCCACGUUACCACCUCCUACCUGCGGUGCUCCGAACCCACCACUGCGGGUUGGAUUAGCAGAGGAGCAUGCGCGAUUAGAGGGCUCUGAAUAUAUCGCCUUUUCUUCAAGUGACAAAGUGUUAAACUACACUAGAGAACGGUAAGCACUUUUGAUCGUUGUAUGUACAACUCUUUUUGCUCUCGCAAAAUUUACUUUUUUUGGUACUCUCAGGGCUGAAGAUUUUUCCCUAAAAACAUCCUUCUGAUACGUAACCUUCUCCAUAAAGCUUUUGCCCUUAGUUAGAUUUGUUGACGAGGUUGUCUGCUACACAUUAUCGUUGAAGCUCUAUUGGCACUCUAUGAAUUUCAGAUGAACAAGAUUUCUCUUAAGUAGGUUGAGCGAAGUACAUGAAUAGAACUGUUGUCGAUAGUGACUGACGUUUCGACAGCCUGUGCGGUUGUCAUCUUCAGAGUGAAAGAUGACCACUGUCAACAGCAGUCCUAUUCAUUACUACGAUCACACGGACGAUCAUGCUCAACCUACCUAUGAAAUGACUCCUGGAUGAUGACAAGAUUUCUCUUGUUUGUUAUUGAUAUGCCGCCGCAGCAUAUUGUGAUCACUGAUUGAAAGACUUAUUAUUUCAGGAAAGUAAAGUCAACUGGAACAACCAUCAAUAGGCUAGUACUGUAAUACUAAUAAAUGUCUUGUUUUGUUGGUCAGGUUUGUGAUUUCUGUUACGUUCCGGUCUCUUGUUCCGAAUGGAGUUCUGUUGUAUGCAGCUGAUGACGUCAUGAAUCCCAGUCAUUACAUUAGCUUGGAGCUUGUCAAUGGACAACUUGUGUUUAAACAAAAUGCUGGCAUCGGGGAAGUUAGAGUUGCAAGCAGAUUCAGUAACUACUCCCAUGGUGGGAUUGAAUAUACGGUAGGGGAAUUUCUUUGUUAAAAUCGUUCAAUAAGUAGAGCAGCCAUGCAAAUUUAUGGCGACAAAAGAAAGCGUUUAAUUCGACUCCUACAGGUCUAAUUUAAGACACCAACAUGGUCGACGUUUUAAUGUUUUGGGGCAACAUUAUGGCCGACGUGACAUGAUAUGGAAAGGCUCUAUUGACCCCGUUAACUUAUAACUUAUUUUACAAUAUCAAAACGGAACCCGAGUGCCGUAUAUCUCAUGUCAGACGAGAAUUAACACUUGAAGAUGUUGUUUGAAUGCUCUGUCGGGGAUCUUGUCAGCGGGCAAGGUUUUGUCACUUUGGGUUGCCUGUGGUAGAAAUAGGGUUACUAAAGGCGAUAACCAUUCGGAUUGCGGGUUUUAGUCACGUGGCUAAGGACCAAGGAGAUGUUAUUUUACCUCGAUUGUCUCUGGUUUGUUACCUAACCUUGUGACGUCGUUCAAUCAAAUGUCUUCCUCGCCUCUAGCCUCGGCUACUUCGUUAACAGUUUGAAAUAAUAUUAGUAAAAAACCACAUCGUUCUACUGAAAUAAGUAAAACUAAACGAAACAAAAUCUUGUAAGUUGUGAUUUGUCUUGUUGAACACUACUGCUAUCUUCUUCACUUUGUGUAUGGAAAAGAUAAGGCCUUCAAGAAUAAUUCCUGUAAUUCAGUGCCUUGUGUAGCAAUCUAAAAUGCACCAUAACGCUGGUUAAAUUGACGAAGCAUUCUUAUUUGGUCUUUGCAACAGGCUCGAUUGUUGAGAAUUAAUCAGUUUGGUGCUCUUUUGGUGUCAAACACAAACGACUACAAGAAUAAGAGGGUCGGCCAUGGAACAGCUGCCCUGGUCAUCAACAGUCCUUUCUUUUAUGGGGGAGUACCCGCACAUGUAAAUAUGUCAGUAUUAGAGGUAAGCUUUAAGCAUCGAAAUUAUUCACCAUUCACCCAUCUCCCAUUAUACACUUUGCUUUCUCCCGUUCCCCCCCCCCCCCCCAAAAAAAAAAAAUUGCAUAACCUUUGUUUUUCAUUUCUCUUGGGGAUUGUAGUCGUUUGAAGAGAAAUUGAAGACCUACCUAUGCAAUUUUCUUUUUUGGGAGGGGGGGCAUGGUCAGCCACGAUUUUGUCAAAAAUGAUAGUCUUUGCUGUGAUUUUGUAUUUUACAGCCGAUUGAAAAUCGUCUAUACAUGUUUAAUGUUUUACAGCAAACAUUGUGUCUCCGUCCAUUGUCAGACCAAGACGGUAGACCAAAGCAAAACUAAUUUGGAUAUGGCAUGUUACAACACUGAAAGUCACUGAUGUUCGAUCUGGCUAUAAUGAUAGUCCGCGGGCUCAUUUGUUACGCACUUACUGCUCAGUUAAAUUUAUCUGAUCUGAAUUUUCGUUUUUUUGCCGACAGUCUAAGGGAGUUGGUUUUAUUGGUUGCCUUGGACCUCUCUCCAUUCAGAACGCCAAUUCUGAAACCAAGAUCUUCAAUCCGCGGUAAAGAGAUAAUAAAACCAACUUAUAACUUGUAAACCCCUUAUAUCUCCAGACUGAUCUCCAUACAUUUCCGUAGAGAAUUAGUUGAGAGAAUUUGAUAAAAGAUCAAAGCAUUUUCCCUUUGGUGACCAUUUUUUUUCUUGUCGUAACCUUUCUCUUGAUGGUGUAAGGAUAUUAUAAGGAGUAAAGAGAUGUUAGUCACUCUGGGAACGGGUUAAAGUGUUAAAGCGGGCAUAGACGUCUGAAAUAAUGUUUAGAAAUAGUGAUUUUAACGGCAUUUCACGACAGCCAUCAUGAGUCAUCUUUCUACAUUUGAAGAUGCAUAAAAGCGGGGGUUCUCUGUUCGAGUGCCCUCAUUUUCACUGUAACAUUUUCUCUUGAGGUCGCAUAGUAGUUUUUCGGUAAUGGCGUUUUGUUUUACUGUGCAAAAUUGUAUGUUGAGUGUUAAAGUUCUUUAUGCUUCAUUUUUUUUAGCACUGACAGAGAAGAUGCUAAUUCUAGUUACACCUAUAAACAGUGUUACAGUGAAAUACAAUCACAAGCUGGCUUCAAUGGUGACGGCUACAUUAUUUAUGGUAAGAAAACAGCGCUUGAACAUCUAGUUUUUCCUAUCAGCCGGAGCUCUGUUUCAUUUGCCAUUAGUUAAACGAUUAACUAUUUAGCUUGGAACGUAAAAGCUAGUGGCGUGAAAGAGAUAAGCUGCUAUAUAACUCACAGUCCGUUUGCUCUGCUCUGUGUCGUGUUUAAAUCUACCAAGGGCCGUACGCGUUUGAUCCCCCUUUCGUUCCGUUUGGUUAGUUCAUUCGUUUUUGGAAACUGCUGUGUAAACCAAUAGUUUCCAGAUGGAGACCACAACCCGUCCCGUAUGUCAGCAAUCUACCAGCAAAUUGCUUUAAGCAGUCCAGCUUUUUCCACUUUAACUUCGUUGGCGAAAUAAAUUGUUUUUCCUGUUUGAACAAGACUGUUAACAAAGUGUUUUUUGUUUUCAUUUUAAGAUUCGGACUACUCGCUUCCUAAUGGGACAGAAAUAGAAAUCACCUUCCGCGCCACAACUCGUUCCGGGCUCCUCGUGUCCAUUACCAACAGAACGGGGCGUGGGUCCGUUACCUUGGAGCAGUUAGAGGGACAGGUAAGUGUGUGAGCCGAAGUGAAAAAUAGAUUCAAUCCUUGAAACCUUUUCCAAGUGAUCAUUCAAAAGACUAGCGCGUUUGUCUUACCAUCGUCUUCUGUUUGUUUCAGGUUGUUCUUAUUUUCAAUGGUGAGGGUACACAGGAAGUGAUCAGGUGGACCGACCCUUCUAUCCCGUCUGAUGGACAGUAUAAUGCUUCAUUCCAUCUUUGUGAUAACAAAUUUCACAAAAUAGUGGUAAGAAGGACUGGCAGUAAUGUUGAAUUGAAGGUGGAUGAUCAUCAAGCUGUCAAGGGCUCUGUACCAUCUGGAUUUUCUCUCCAACCUGCCAACUUCUACAUUGGUGGCGUACCAGGUAACUUUAAGAAGCCUAUCUUUUUACACUCGUAAUAAUAAACAUCAGAAAAUUUCUUGAAUGUGAUUGGCUGAGAGCGAUGCAGUUUUUCGUCAACGCGGUGCUAAAACGAGGAAAUAUCCGCAAAUAUCUCAGAGAAUGAAGCACUGUGAUUGGCUCAUAAUAAAUAUACAAUAGAAAUAUAAAAGAACCAAUCCGUUGCCGCAAUAGACAGGAGAAGUCCUUACGUCACGUUACCAUGGUUGCAAAAUCCGUGGUAGCAACAAGCCUUGGUCAUUCAAUUAUGGCAAAAAAACGAAGAAAGAGACAUGUAUGACUUUCCCGCGCAUCAUUGCACAAACGGUGGCCCAUACUUUUCUUCCAUCGUUCGAUAAUGCAAAUGGCCGUCUCUGUCAAGAAAGAUUUUUGAGAUCCAGAAGUUCUGCUGCCAUGGUAACGUGACGUCACACUUCUCUCUAUCUUUAUUGGCCAAUUUGAGGUGACGAGUGAGACUGGGUCUGUGUCAUGUCGAAUUGUAUGAUGGGACCGUUUUGGGGAUGAAAUUUUAUCAAGUUAAUUUCUUCUUGUAUAUUAUAAAAGGGUAAUUAGUCCAAAUAUGUUUCUUACCGGUCGGAAUGGUUUUCUCCCCAUAUAUUUUGGAUCGCAUUAUUCGUAUUUGGCGCUGAGAAAUGUCUCCUUUUGGUCCUUGGCCGGAACAAUGGUAUUUGAUGUCACAAAUAGGCCCUCUACAGCUAGCCAUUCACGUGGUACAAAACCGCCGUGCUGGAGAGAAAAAGUCGCACUGGGAGAAGGCAAACAAAGAAAAUUACCAUUUCAAGUUAUGUAUGUCUUUUGUUUGUCUUGUCCCAGUGCGAUUUUUGCUCCCCAGCGUGGCGGUUUUGUACCACGUGAAUGGCUAGCUGCAAAGGGCCUAUUGUUCAGAACACACGGAUGUUGUAACGGACAAAAGAUUGAUGGUGUCGUCACCCAGGGAUAAAUUCGUCCCCCAAUCACGGGCCCUAUUUUGAUGAAGAUUGAUGUUGUUAAUGUUGUGUUUUUAGACGGAUCUGGGUUCGAGACAGACAGUGGCUUGUCACAUAAAGGACUCACAGGUUGUAUACAGAGCCUGAAAAUUGAUGGACAGUCAGCUGGCGUCAUAAGAAACACGCAGCUACAUAACGUACAACAAGGCUGUAAUGCUCCACGGGUUACAUAGCUUUGAACUCUUUUACGCCUGCUUGCACUUAAUUUUUCUGCAUAGUAAAUAAGUGUACCGCUAGUUGUGAUUGUUUAUAGAGGUUUCGUGCACAUAGAGAACUAGAAGGGAUACUUUUUACAGGAUGAUACAAGUAUUGAAUAAAUUUUUGAUAAAAUGGAUCCUUUCUCUGAAAUAAUAAAUAAGGAGUGUGUUUUCUUCAUUAAUAAUGAAACCUAUCAUCAAAAUGAAAACUCAAGGUACUGGAAACUGAAUAAGUUGAAUUUUUUUUUUUGUAUCAGCAAAUUACAAUUUUGUUUUUUCAUUUUUGUAUUCAAGAGAAACAUUUUUGGUUGAUUGAUUCUUUAUAUAUUUUUUUACAAGCUUUCAGUGUUAUUUUCAUUAUCCGCCUAUAGCUAUAUUUAGCCUUUGAAUUGUAACGAUCUCCAAAUGAUGUGAUGGCACACGGUAUUAAUCAUGUCAGUAUUAAAAGGUGUGUAAAACGUAUUUGAACAUAAAUAAAGC